CUUAACAUGUCACCACACCACCCAUUCACCCACCAUGUCCUCGUCUUCCGAGGCAGACCGGGCUAUACAGCUCGCACAGCUAGCUAGAGCGUGCAUCAAUUCAGGUAAAUUGUCAGACGCGGCGCGUCAAUUGCGGGAAGCCACGACCAUCGCGCCGGAACAUCCGCUAGUCAAACAGACCUGGGUUGCGCUCAAGGAAGAAGAAGAGAAGAGCGAGUUGCUAGGUGUGUGUAAAGCGUGGGUCAAGAGUAGGGAUGAAGCGGAUGGCGACGAGGCGUUGAAGCUCAUCAGAGCCAAGGGCCUGGGUGAGAAAGAGGCGGAGCAGGCGAUGGAGAUUCUGUACAAUUUCAAGGGCGAGGAAGAUCUCUUGGACCAGGUCACCGGGGAGCUGCUGAUGCAUGUGGGAGCGCAGCGGUGGCUCGCGGCCUUCGUGAAGGAGCAUCCCACGCAGGCGUACUAUGAGUUAUUCGAGCGCGGAGACGACAGUAUCGAUGGCUUGCUCAAGGUGCUUCUCAACCGCGCCAUUUGGGAAAGCGACGAGGCCUUUGUGCAGGGCCACCGGGAUGUCUUCAUGCUCAGUCUGGCUAUGAUGAUGGAGGAAGCCCUCGAACAUCCGGAACGCGCUAUGAAAGGCGUUGCGCAGCUGUUGGCCCAUCAUGCACAGGACUUGCAUGGAAUCAUCGAUGCGGACAGCUUCGAUGUUAUCCUCGCGAGCCUUGACAUCCGGCUUCCGAAUAGCUUGCGCAGCCAGGCGACGCUGGCUACGAUCAAGCUUUUCGAAUUGGCACCUACCACAGCCCAGGAUCUCGUCUCCAAGUUCGUCAUCAACCGGGUCCAGAAGUCAAUUGCUGAUGAGCUGGUCAUCGCAUUCUCAGCUGCAGCCGCCAUAUUUCCCAUCACCGUGCAGGCCGCGGCACAAUUGUUCCUGUCAGAAGGUUUUGUCAGUACACUCGUCCCUCUUGUCGAAGGCAAGAAUAGUACCAAGCUCGAACAGUCGGCGCUGGAACUCAUCAGUGCGGCGUGCAUUGACAAGAACUGCCGCGAAGCCAUCAAUCGGCAUUGCAGGUCAUGGCUCGAGGAUCACGUCGCUAGCUGCCCUGACAAGAAGCGGGCCAACCUCGCCGCUCUCGUCCUCGUCAAGCUCGGCGAAGAACAGGUGACUGCCGACGGUCCCCAAAUUGUGACGCCUGGGAAGGUGGACCAAGAGGACCUCAUAGCGAGCUUCAAGAGCAUGGUCAUUUCCUCCGACGCAGCUGGCAAGCAAGAUAGUAUCGAAGGCCUUGCGUAUGCGUCUCUACAACCCAAAGUCCGCGAGGACCUCUCCAGAUCCCCAAAGUUCCUCAAGCGCCUCAUCGACAGCAUGAAGGACGCCUCUACGUCUCCGAACAUUGUCUUUGGCGGACUUAACAUCUUCGUAAACCUGACCGCGUACCCGCCCAUCCAAUCUGAAGAAGAGAAGCGCAUGGCACAACUCAAAGCAUAUGCAAACGUGCAGAAGCCUAGUGCACCAGAUCCAUUACUGGACGAAGCCCACACUACCGUACGCUGUAAACGCCUCCUUGAAGCCGGCAUCGUCCCCCUGCUCGUUGGCAUCUCUAAGAAAGCUUCACCAGCCGCCCUCUCACACACAACCUCCAUCCUCCUCUCCCUCUCCAAAGACGCCAAAUCGCGUCCAACCCUCGCCCAACAGGGCGCCAUAAAGCUGCUCGUCCAGAUCUACGACACCAUCACCUCCUCUCCCCACUCCGACAAAUACCCCCCAACCGCCGCGCCCCAAGCCGCGCAAGCCCUCUCCCGCAUCCUGAUCUCCACGAACCCCCUCCACACCUUCACCCAAGCCUUCCCCUCCCACUCCGUCCUCCGUCCCCUCAUAUCUCUCCUCUCUCAAAGCGAGUCCUCAACCUGGCAACUCCACGCCUUCGAGUCCCUCCUCGCGCUCACGAACCUCGCUUCCAUGGAUACACCCACCCAGGACGCCAUCAUCCGCGCCGCCUUCGACACUGUCGUCGACGACCUCCUACUGAGCCCAAACGCGAUGCUGCGUAGAGCUAGCACAGAGCUGCUGUGCAAUCUCAUGGCGAGCCCGGUGUGCGCGGAGAAAUUCGCUGACGGGAGCCCUCGCGCCGGAAAGAGGUUGCAUUUGCUGUGUGCGCUAACGGAUGUCGAAGAUGCGCCGACGCGGAGUGCGGCGGGCGGUGCACUGGCGAUGCUGCUAUCGAUUGAUCUGGCGGUGUUGGAGCUCCUUAAGUUGGAGAGAGGGGUGGAUUUCUUGCUUGGCCUCUGCCGCGACGAAAGCGAAGACAUCCGCCACCGUGGCGUCACCUGCGUGCGCGAGGUCGUCGAUAUCGGGCCCAAGGGUAUUGAUGCUGUGAAGGCGAAGGGCGGCGAGGGCGCGCUCAAGGCGCUGCUUAAGGAAAGUAGGAGUCAGGUUGUGCUUGGGCUGGGGGUGGAGACAUUGAAGAUUCUGCUGGGGCAGACGUGAGCUGGUUGAAAGAAAUUGAUGUGAAGAUUGGGAAAAGCUUGGGUUGGAAGCAGGGAUAGCGUGGCUAUGACACGAAACGACAUCGACUCACGUGACUGAUGAUUUGAGAUUCCCUACAUAUCAAGGCAUUUUUGUUGCGAUGUGCCACAAGAAUCGACUGUACGCCUGAAACAAUACUGGAUCAAGAAUACGCUCAGACAUGCGAUCCAUCAAUGGCAUUCAGAUGCAAUCAGGAAGCUCGAGGGUGGAAAGGCAAGAUGGUCCACGAGCAUUCGGAACAGCAUGCCACUCAUUGCAGUCCCCUCUCGAUAGUGGUCCCCCCAAAAGUAUUCUUUUACUAUACAGAACUAGGCAAAUCU